CAUCCAUUUAUUUCACUUACCAUUAUUGCAACAUACAACAUCCAACCUGGCGGUGCGCCGUUAAAAAGUCAAAACAACCACACAACUACAACCGCUAAACACAUCUACUGUUAAACUCGACACUCUCAAUUGGCACGCUACAAACAACUCUGCGAUCCGGGUCAAUCAAAAUGGCCCCUCCAACGACAACCUCGAAACCCAAACUCGACGUCUCCGUCACCAAGCCCACACCCUACACCUUCGACCUCGGGCUCCUCCUCGCCAACGACCCAAACCCCCUCUCAACCUCCGAGCCCACCGAACCCGCCUCCUCAGACCUCGAAUCCCAACUCGCAGCAACAGCCCGCGACGGCGCACAAGCGUUAAUAAACCAACUCCUCAGCACCCUGCCCCUCAACACCAGCACCUCCGGAGUCCUGCUCACCCUCCCCGCCCCCACCACAGCGCUACCACGCGAGAAACCGCUUCCAGCACCGAAGGAGCCAACACGAUGGGAGCAGUUCGCCGCGCGCAAGGGAAUCAAGCCGAAGACGCGGGAGCAGCGACGUGCGAAGUCAAAGACAUACAACGAGGAGACAGGCGAGUGGGAGCGCACAUGGGGCUACGACAAAGGCGGCGUGCAGAAGCGGCGGUCGGAGGGCGCGGUGCCGCAUGAUUGGGUGGUCGAGGUUGAUGAAAAGAAGGAACGGGAGGAGAAGGAGGCUAAGGAUAAGAAGAAGCGGAGGAAGAAGGCAUGAAUGUUCCGUGAAUAGGAUUGUAGGGAUGGCAUGUCACGGAAAAGACCGGGGAGGGGACAGCUUGGCUGGGGACACUACGAUGUUGAUACCCGCGCAUAACAGAUCACGAUGCGGAGAGGCAGGCGUUCGGGCGUUCACGGUACGCGGAGACGGGGUUUUGCGGACUAGGCACAUAUUUAUAUUGGC